GCUCCUCCUCCUUCUCCUCCUCUUCCUCCUCCUCCUCUCUGCCCCGCCGCCGGGAUGCCGAAGCUUAGCAAGGAGGCCAAGCAGCGGCUACAGCAGCUCUUCAAGGGCGGCCAGUUCGCCAUCCGCUGGGGCUUCAUCCCCGUAGUGCUCUAUCUCGGUUUUAAAAGAGGUGCAGAUCCAGGAAUGCCUGAGCCAACUAUCUGGAGUCUACUUUGGGGCUGAAGGCUGUGGUGGUCCUGUUUAGAGGCAGCCGAUGGACAGAGUGUCAGAAGAUGCGUACAUUCCGGAGGAUGAGGCCGACACUUAGACCAGCUGGUUCAGUCAGCUUGCUAAUGCCAUAGGUUGUACAUACAACAAAAUGGAAUUUAUAUGGACCUAACUUAUUUGCAUUACGGUGUAAUUAAAUAAAUACUGUUUGAAUGGA